CGCCUGCGCCCCCGGAGGAGCCACUGCAGCCCGCAGCGGGGCGGGCCGCGCCGGGGGAGGCCCGCGGGAGGCGGGACAGCGCCGGGAUGCCUCAGCCCCCCUCUGCCCUAAGCCGAACAUAUCUUUGGAAUAUCUGAAGUCCAUAUGGCUAUGUAUGAUGAAGAUAUCUUGAAAAAUCCCUUUUAUUUGGCCAUUCAGAAGCGACGUCCUGAUCUAUGCAGCAAAGUUGCAGAACUCCAUGGUAUUGUGCUAGUUCCAUGCAAAGGAAGCCUUUCAAGCAACAGUCUUUCUACCUGCCAGUUUGAAUCUUAUGUUCUGAAGCCACUGGAAGAAAAUUUUCAAACCUUAAAUGGAAAGGAGAUCUUCAUCCAAGGAAACCUCAUCAUUCUAGGAGCUGGUUUUAAUUGCACUCUCUCUGUACCUGUUCUCUUUGAGGAAACAUUUUACAAUGAAAAAGAAGAAAGCUUUAGUAUAUUGUGCAUAGCUCAUCCUCUGGAAAAAACAGAAAGCUCAAGUGAAUCUACAGCUUCAUCAAACUCCUAUUCUCUUAAAAACAUUGAAGAUGUUAGAGAGUUCUUGGGAAGGCACUGUGAGAGAUUUGAUAAAUACAUAGGAUCUUUCUAUAGAACAUUUAAAGAACAUGAAAGGAAAAGCCUCCGCCACUACAUAGAUUCUGUCAAUGCACUUUAUACCAAAUGUCUGCAGUAUCUUUUGAGAGAUUCGCACUUGAAGAUGCUUGCAAAGCAAGAAGAGCAGAUGAAUCUGAUCAAACAAGCAGUUGAAAUGUAUAUCCAUCAUGCUAUUUAUGACCUAGUCUUCAAAUAUGUGGGGACAAUUGAGGCAAGUGAGGAUGCUGAUUUUAAUAAAAUCACGAGGAGCCUUCAAGACCUGCAGCAAAAAGACAUUGGAGUGAAGCCCGAGUUCAGUUUUAAUAUACCACGUGCAAAGCGGGAACUGGGUCAGUUGAACAAAUGCACUUCCCCUCAACAGAAGCUACUUUGUCUGCGUAAAGUUGUACAAAUUAUUAUGCAGUCUCCAAGCCAAAGAGUUAACAUGGAAACCAUGUGUGCAGAUGAUCUUCUCUCUGUGUUGCUGUAUCUGCUUGUAAAAACAGAAAUCCCAAACUGGAUGGCCAACUUGAGUUACAUAAAGAACUUCAGGCUCUGCAGCUCAGUGAAGGAUGAGCUGGGCUACUGCCUGACCUCCAUUGAGGCUGCAAUAGAAUACAUCCGGCAAGGCAACCUCUCUGACAGAUCAACAGAAUCUGAGAGUCUGUGUGACAAGCUGCUCUUAAGACAAAGGAUGAACUUGUUGUCCCAGAUGUCUGCUGCACCAAUAGACUGCUUGUUUAAGCAUAUUGCUUCAGGUGAUCAGGAGGAAGUGGAGCGGCUGCUGAGUCAAGGUGACAGUGAUAAGGACACUGUACAGAAAAUGUGUCACCCGCUGUGUUACUGUGACAAAUGCGAGAAGCUGGUUUCUGGGAAACUGAAUGACCCUUCCAUUAUCACCCCCUUUUCCCGAGAUGACCGUGGAUAUACUCCUCUUCAUAUAGCUGCUAUUUGUGGUCAGACUUCGUUAGUGGAUUUACUGGUAGCCAAAGGAGCCAUUGUCAAUGCCACAGAUUACCACGGUUCAACUCCCCUUCACCUCGCCUGUCAGAAGGGAUAUCAGAAUGUUACACUGCUCUUAUUGCACUACAAGGCAAGUACUGAUGUUCAGGACAAUAAUGGAAAUACUCCACUUCAUUUAGCCUGCACUUACGGUCAUGAGGAUUGUGUCAAGGCUUUGGUGUACUAUGAUGUGCAUUCCUGCAGACUGGAUCUUGGCAAUGAGAAGGGAGACACUCCUCUCCACAUCGCUGCUCGCUGGGGCUAUCAAGGGAUCAUUGAAGUGCUCUUGCAAAAUGGGGCAAACCCAGAAAUUCAGAACCGGAUGAAAGAGACUUCCCUACAGUGUGCAUUGAAUUCCAAGAUUUUGUCGUUGAUGGAAGUAAACUACCUAACAUUUGAAAGAGGACAGAGUGCUUCUGAGUCACCGCUUAGGUCUCCUCAGCACUCAACAGAAACUUUCAGCAGAGGAUCAUCUGUCUCAAGCCUAUCAUCAGCAUCAACUGAUAUAAGGCAAGAAGAAGCAAAAAACAGUUAUAAAGAGGUAGAAAAACUCCUGAGAGCAGUUGCUGAUGGAGAUCUGGAAAUGGUCCGUUACCUCUUGGAGUGGGUGGAAGAAGACUUGGAAGAUGAGGAUGACACAGCCAGUAUAUCGAAACCAGAAUUCUGCCAUCCAUUAUGCCAGUGCUCAAAAUGUGGGCCAGCACAAAAGAAGUUUUCCAAGGUCUGUGCCAACGGGCUGGGGGUGAAUGUUUCAAACCAGGAGGGCUUCACCCCGCUGCACAUGGCUGCUCUGCACGGGCACACUGAGCUGGUGUCGCUGCUGCUGCGCCACGGCGCCGGCGCCAGCGCCGAGAACUCGCAGCUGGCAGCUCCCCUGCACCUGGCCUGCCAGAGGGGACACGCCCAGGUGGUAAAGUGUCUGAUGGAUUACAAUGCUAAACUAAAUAAAAAGGAUGUAUAUGGAAAUACUCCCUUAAUUUAUGCAUGCUUGAAUGGUCACUAUGAGACUGCUGCCCUGUUGUUGCAGCGCGGAGCCUCCGCCAACCCCUCGGACGGCGCGGGCAGCGCGGCGCUGCUGCGGCACGGAGCCCUGCGGGACCGGGGCGCGGCCGACUGCGCCCAGCCCAAUUCAAACAUCAUGAAUUUGCUGGAAGCAGCACCAAGCUGUGUCCCCACAUCAGCAGAGGGAGAGAAGGAGAGUGAGCAGCACAUUACUGGCAAGAUAAGGAAAAAAGUGCACCCUAAGCCCUGUGAGGAAGCCGAUGAUCCCAUAAGCAGACAACUUCAACUGGUCGAAUCAAUUAACAGAUUUAACAAAGAAAAACACUUACGGAGAACAAUAACAAGAGAUAAAAGUGUCCCUAAUUUUGACUGUCACUUACUGCACCAGAUGGCUAUUAAAAGCUUUGAUAAAAGCAAACUCAAAUCGGUUGGAACGCUGGAGCAGAGCACAGGUGAGGUGGCUGGCUGGGGGUGCAGCGGCGAGUUUGUGGAAGAUGAUGCUGGCACGGCAGCUCCUCAGAGGAGCAGGCUGACGCAGCGCAGACACAUGGUCGCGGUGCCGCUGCCAGCGCAGGGCAGCGAGGGAGGCUCCGGCAGCCCGGCCGGGCCCGGCGCGCCGCGCUCCCGCGACUGGCACGGGGCAGGCUCGGAUCUCUGAAGGGAAGCGCGGCUCGGAAGGCCGAGGCUGAGGUCGGUGCUGUGAAUUUCAGCAGCCCUUGCUGCGCUCAGAUGUCACACACCCAGUUCAGGGCAGACACAGGCUCUGUAGCACAGCUGGAAUGUUCUGGCACCCUGGGGCCCGACUCCUCUGUUCAUGCAGGAGGUGACCACACAGCCAGAUCAUUACUGAUCUCACUAACAGGGACGUAAGGGAGAUGAAGACAGCAAAAUUACUUUCCUAUUCUAUUCAGCACUUAUUAAAAAGUUCUAUGUAACAGUAAACCAAAUGAAACCCUGUAUUGUAUUUUUCAGCCACCCACUUUGUUUUAAAAGUCUUUGAAUAAUUUUUGCGUUUUCAGUUUUUAUCACUACAUUGAGAAUUAAAUAUAAAUAUAUUUAUAUAUAUAAAAAGAUAUAUUGGAUAACAAGGUAUUUAUUGCCAGAGGUAAUUGAAAUGUCUCUAUUUUUAUUGUAAUGUUACAAACCAUUAUAGUAUAUAUUUCUGUAUAGUUCAGUAGCUGGACAAACAAUAGUCCGUAACAUCUGCAUUACUAAUGUGAAGGGAUGCAAUCUAAUAUCUCAGCAAUGCUCCCCUGUACCGGAGCUGCAACAUCAAGUUCUUUCAGGGGAGCCAAGAUACUGGGGAAAAAGUGGGGAGCCCUUGACAAACCUAAACUUUGGACUUGCUGUUCACAGCCUAAUAAAAAAGCAGAAGCAAGCACAAGGUGCUUGCUUGUGUUUUAUUGUAGCAUGCAUCUGAGUUGCUUUUUCCUUCCUCUAAAGGAAGUAAUGCAAAAAUGCACAAGUAUUCAUGAUUCUGAUCCUGGGCAACAUCCACAGACAGAACAGCUUCAGAGCCUGCUCUGGACUAUUAAAAAGGUGAAAUUUCCACUAUGAAAGGUACUUCUCACGUCAGUGAGCGCUGGCUGGAAUAGGCCAAAUCUUGCCCCAUUCCCAGGGGUGAUCACUGAAGAACUGAAAGCUCACAGGGAACUACCAAGUGGCUGCUUAGUUUGGAAGUUCAUUUUCUACUGUUUGGUUAUGGGAGGACAAACUGUAAAUAGCACAAGCCAGGUUUUUCACUGCAGAAUCUUUUUAUUCUUGGCUCAUCACAUCCAGCUUGCAUUUUAUUUCAUGAACUAUUUGUAUAGAUAAUUAUCUUUCUUUUAACUGUGGUAUUAGUAAACUACCUGGCAAAAUACAAAGCUGCAAGAUAAGCAUGCUGGGUUUUUCAGAUAACUUUUUAAUCUAAGAAGUAAAAUGUCAAGUGGCAUUUGGAUUUGAGGGUAAUGUGUUUAUUUUUCUAAUAAUUUAUGAGUUAAUCUGAUUUUCUGAUGUGCCUUGGAUUUGUGCCAAAUGAUGGAAAGAAAAAACGAGUAAAAGAACUCUUGAACAUGC